AUGGCAGCCUCAUUGGAAUCACCUUCUCCUCUCAUCAACCAGGAUGAAGAGGGUUCCACUUCAACUCUUAAUGUUAUGGCUUCUUCUCCUCUGUUCACCCCAUCCUCUGAUAAACGUUUCUGGAGCACUCUCCGCAGCAGGAUUGACACGCUUCUCGAGGGGCGUCAACACAUCUCAUCUUCCACCUCUGUGAAUGAACAAGGCAAUAGAUUGAAGGAAGAUUCUUUAUUAUUGAUGAGAGGAUUUGACUCAGUUGCCCACACUCUCUCUCUAUUGUCUAAUAAUUUGGACAACGCCCUACAGGGUGCCAGAGAAUUAGGCAACCCACCCACAUUAACUGAUAUAUUCCACAGCAAAUUUGACAAUGUAGAAAAGAAAGAAGAGGAUUCAGGGGAGAAACAGAAAGAAGAGUCAAAGAAAGGAAUAAAGAGGAAAAUUGAUGACAAUGAUGCCUCUGAAGAAAAUGCCCUUGAGUCACAAACAGUGAAUGGGGUAAAUAUGCAAGAUAGGAACAUUAAGAGAGCAAAAAAUCUUGCAGUUUCAAUGGCAACCAAAGCAGCUUCGCUUGCAAGAGAAUUGAAGUUUAUUAAGUCAGAUCUAUGUUUUAUGCAAGAGAGAUGCGGUCUGCUUGAAGAGGAGAACAGAAGACUGCGUGAUGGAUUUGCAAAAGGUGUUAGACCCGAAGAAGAUGAUUUGGUGAGGCUUCAGCUCGAAGCACUUCUUGCUGAGAAGUCGAGACUGGCGAAUGAAAAUGCAAAUCUUACAAGAGAAAAUCAAUGCCUUCAUCAGCUUGUGGAGUACCACCAACUUGCAUCUCAAGAUCUCUCCGAAUCAUACGAAGAUGUUAUUCAGGGAAUGUGCUUAGACUUCUCAUCUCCGCCCCCAACAAUUGCUGAAGAAGACGAAAGUAGUGAACCACAAACACCCAGGAACGAUGGUGUAGAAGAAGAGUAA